CUUGUGAGCACCAGCUAUUUUUUCGGAGACGGAGCAUGCGCGGGAGAGGAUGAUGUCAAAGACAGAACGACUCCGUUUGAUCUCUUUAGGAAACAAGAAGAGCUUCCUUUUUCCGUCGCCGCCGCGGAGCCGGAGCUGCCCUUCUUCCGGUUUUCCUCGGGAGGGGAGGGGAACGGAGGGCUCGUUUGCGCUGCUGGGGAGUGAGGCAAAGCGAAAAGGAGAAUGAAAAAUAUAACUUUGGCCUCUUUUGCCCCAAAUAUAAAGGUACUGGGGAUCUAAAAAGAAGAAGAAACAAAAUGAAACGUGAACCAAGACAUGUAUUUGCUCAGAAAGAGUUGUUCCAGUUACGUCCGUAUGCCACGAAGGAGUAGAAUGAGAUACUGUUGCUGAAGAAGAAACGUAAUACAAAAUGGCAGAAGCAGUUUUUCAUCCUCCAAAAAGGAAGAGAAGAGUUUAUGAACCAUAUGCUUCUCCAUUCCCUAUUAAUUCUUGCGAUGGAAGCAAUUAUGGACCACAUUUUAAAAUAUGCCAAGCUGAAAUUGUAAACAAUAAUGUAAUUGUGAAGAAUCCAGAAGAUAUGGAACAACUGUAUAGCAAGGGAUUUUUUGGGAAAGGUAUUCUUUCAAGAAGUCGGCCAGAGUACAGUAUUUCAGAUCCUGUGUUGGCUGCUAAAUGGCAAAAGUUCAAUUUUAAUAUGCCUGUUGUCUCAUCAAAAAAGUACCAGCGUCAUAUUGAAUGGGCUAAAAGCCUUAUGCAGGAGCAAGGACUGGAUGAUUGCACAAUUAAUGCGCUCCUUCUGGAUUUCACCAAACCCCUUAAUUUGAGAGAGGAAACUGAAGAGUGCUGUGAAUCUCAGAAUGAAGGGGCCCUUGAAAUGGAGGCGGUUGGCAAUGAACCAGAAGACUUAAUGACUUCUUCAGAAACCAGUGGGGGAAAAGAACAUGGUCUGGAAAGUGACCCUCAUUAUGAUCCACUAGCCAACAGCAGCCCUUACAAAUCAGAUAUAACAAACAUAAAAACUGUGGUCAGGACUCAUUUGGCAGAACAGCAUUCAUCAAGUGCACAUUCCCAGUCUAAACACGACAGUUGUAAUGAAGAAAACUCCCAUAUUUGGCUUGAUAAAGAUUAUGAUCAAGAGUAUGUAUUAAUACAAGAGGAGGAAUCAAAUGUGUGUCCAACUGAAGCAGCAGCCGGAAAUGAGAAAUCACAUUUAAACAAAAAAGAAAACUUAGUAUGCAGAAGAAAUCCAUUUCAGAUUUUUGAAUAUUUGCAACUUAGUCUAGAGGAGGCUUUUUUCUUGGUCUAUGCACUGGGAUGUUUAAGUAUCCAUUACAAUGAGGUUCCUUUAUCUAUUGUGAAGCUAUGGGAAGUUUUCAGUGGAGCACAACCCAACUUUAAGGCUACAUAUAUGGCAUACCACUACUUUCGGAGUAAAGGGUGGGUGCCUAAAGUUGGGCUGAAGUAUGGAACUGACCUCUUGUUGUAUCGAAAGGGCCCUCCUUUUUAUCAUGCCAGUUAUUCUGUGAUUGUUGAAUUAGUUAAUGGUGACUUUGAAGGGCCGUUGCGCAGACCUUUCAGCUGGAAGUCUUUGUCUGGGUUGAACAGAAGUACAGCAAAUGUUUCCAAGGAACUCUUGUUCUGCUAUUUGAUCAAGCCAUCUGAUAUGACUGAAAAAGAAAUGUUAUCCCCAGAAUGCUUCAAAAGAAUUAAAGUUCAGGAAUUGAUCCUAAAUCGUUGGGUCUCAUCUUCCGAACGCAGUGAACAAGAAGAGCUAUGAUGAAAUGGAACUGAAAAUUCAGUAAUUUUAACAGGAACACACAAUCAAGCACUCCUGAAAGAUGGCCAUCCAGCCUGUUUAAAAACCUCCAGAGAAGGAGACUACCACAAUCCGAAGUAGCAUAUUCCACUGCCGAAUAGUUAUCACAUUAUAGCCUGAAUUCAGGAAGCGAUGUAUGAAGGUGGAGUAGCCUCUGUGCAUGUGGUAUGAAGAAUUCAGCGUUGUGAAACAGACAACUUCAGUGGGUAAUGGCAGAAGCGAAAAAGCCGUGAUUCACAAUAUGGUGCAAAAGGUACGUACAUUCUGGAGGCUGUGGUAAAAGUGCUCUUGAACAAUCCACAACAUUGUGUAACAACUACAGCCAGCCCAAUGUGCUGCAUGCACAGGUAUACACAGUGCAACACAUACUACACAACUCACUUUGCACUUGUAUCAUUGUGCAACAGUGGCAUUUCCCUAUAUCGGCUGCUUUAUAUUAUGAUUCUGCAUGGGGGUUGCAUAAUGCCCACUAAGGACUAUUGAAUUGAAGCCUAUAUGUCAAGGCUCUGAAGUCUUCUGGACAUUAGAGAGUAAUUUUCACUGGUCUCCAUGCGAUUUCCCCGAGUAAACAUGCAUUAAAUCAUGUUGUUGUCCCAGCUUCUCAUUUUCCUUGUGAGAGAAAAACAUGCAUAUCUUCACCGGAUAGUUUUGCUUCAAUUUGCUCUGCCUAAGUGCUUUCUUAUAAAGUUACAUGGCUCCCUGGGGAAGUCUGGCUGUCUUGUUCAGGGUGAUCCACAGCAUAGAAGCCGCUCUUACAUAUUUCUUUGUAGAUGGUGAUAUACUUGGAAGCUUUUCUUGUCCGUGGAAUCACAAACCUUUCUGUAAACUCACUUUUAUUCAUUUGCUGCUUCUUCUGGGCAUUCAGCACACAGUUAAUAAAUGUCAGUGCAUAUGUGUAA